GAUACUUCAUAAGCACCAGUUCCCUGAUCUGCUCUCCAUCAGACCUGCACCAUGAGCUCUGAGCACGCCUAUGACCAAACCAUCCCAUACCCACAGGUGUUCAUUGUGGAUCGAGGGGGGCAUCCCAACCCACAUGGCACACUUCCAAACCUGGUACCAUGCUGGUCCUUCCCUCCAGCUCAUGAAACUGUGACAAGACCUGAGAGGAGUCGUGGCUGCAUGGGGGCCAGCUCCAGACUGGUUGGUGUGGUACUACUGUUGUUCGCACUGGUGUUUGCAAGCCUGGGGAUGGGAGCUAUGUGGACCGUGAACUUGCAGAAACAGUUGAAAGACAUGAGAAAGAUGGUUAAUGUGCUGAACAGCAGCACAGAGAAUAUGAUCAAUGCACCACAGAAGCAAAUAGGCCUGUAUGACCCUCCGUUGAAAGAAGAUAAAAAAGUGGACAAGGAUAGACCAGCAGCUCAUGUUAUGUGGCAUCCUGAAAAUGUUGCCACCCAAAAGACAUUACGCUGGGAUCCGAGUGUGGGCCGGGCCUUCACCGCUGGAGGAGUGUCCUACAUGAUGGAGGACAGUGCUCUGCAGGUGAAUCAAACAGGAUUGUAUUACAUUUACUCCAGAGUGGAGCUUCUCUUCAGGACCUGCCUCUCCACAUCCUUCGAGCACACUGUGUUUGUGAGGAGACCCGGCCGCAAUUCACCUUUGACCCUAAUGAAGUCCCACAGAAAGGGUUACUGCCCGCCGAAGCAGGAGGCUUGGACCACUGACAGCUUCCUUGGCUCUGCUUUACAUCUGCAGAAAGACGACAGAGUGUUAGUGGACGUGUCGCACCCACAUUUACUUAGUCAUGAACAUUAUGCCAACUUUUUUGGACUUUACAAGAUCUGAUGGUCUGCUUCAAGAGUGAUCAUUUAUCAUGAAACAUCUGAUCAGAGUCUGACUUUUGUAAGUGUAGAUUU